GAACACAUCGAAUUUAAUGAAUAAAAAUAAAACGUAGCAAAAAAUAUCUGACUAUAUCGAAUAACCUCAUUAACAGAUAUUUUAUAAAUUCCAAAACAAAGUAACAAACAAAGUAAAACAAAUGAAUGCUAUUUUUUGAUAAGAGACAUGUUUAGAAUAUAGCAAUGUGCGAUGAAUUUUUCGAUAUGGCAUUUUUUUAUAUUUGUGAUAAUUUUUCCAACUGGGGUCUACCCAUGGGAUUCUCUUCAGCUGGAGGUAUUCGACAUCGUGGAAGAAGUACAACAGAACUUUUACGACCUUCUAGGCAUCUCCCACGAAGCUGAUCUUGCACAAAUAAAGUCAGCAUAUCGUAAGUUGAGUUUGAUUCUUCAUCCUGAUAAAAAUCCAGAAGAAGAUGCUGCUGUAAAAUUUAGACAAUUAGUGGCAGUAUACGACGUUUUACGGAAUCCUGAAAAACGACGAUAUUAUAAUGAAGUACUUGUGAAUGGUUUGCCAAACUGGAAAUCUGCUAUUUAUUACUAUAGAAAAGCUAAACGAAUUACUUUGAUUGAAUUAUCACUGUUUUUAUUUUUUAUAAUAUCAUUAGGGCAAUAUUUAAUGGGAUGGGCAUCAUAUUUUGAGAGAAAGUUCACACUGGAAGCUAAUAGAAGAAGUAAACAAAAAAAACUGCCCAUUGAAGACAUAUCAAAGCCUUCAGUUAUUAAUACAUUGCCCGUUCAACUACCAGUAUUACUAUGGAAUAUAAUACAUUCUCUCCCUUCAGUGGCACUAUUUAUUAAGAGUAAAAUUACAGAACAGCUUGAAGCUAGAACUAAAAUUAUAGACAUUGAGGAGUCUGAAGAGGAUGAAAAUGAAGUCAUUAGACCUCAAAAGCGCAAACAUGUCCAAGAGCUACCUGAUUAUUCAGGUAUUGAAAUGCCAAGUUACAAUAGCAAAGUGCACCAACUUACAAACAAUAAUGAUUUGAAAAAAUUAAAUAGUGGGCCUUGGUCUGAUGAAGAAAUGGGUGAAUUGGCAAAGUUAGUGAAAAAGUUUCCUGGAGGAAUGCCUGGAAGAUGGGAUCAUAUAGCAGAAGCAUUGAAUAGAUCAAUUGAUGAUGUCACUAAAGUAACAAAAUCAUUACGUCAGAAUUCUUAUAAAGCAAAAAUGAUAUCAGUGGCAGACAAAGAGUUGAUGGAGAAAAUUAAACCACAAACUAAGACGGAGAACAUAUGGACACAACAGCAACAACAGGCAUUGGAAAACGCCUUACAAACAUUUUCAAAGUCUGUCAGCGAUCGUUGGGACAAAAUAGCAGAGUGUGUCCCAGAUAAAUCAAAGGAGGAAUGUAUAUUACGGUAUAAAUACUUAGUGGAGACUGUAAAGAAACAGAGGAAAAAGGAGGUAGCAAAGGAGGAAAAUGUUCAAUAAAUAAUUAAAUGUAACACUUCUUUGUGGAAUACAUUUACUAUUUAAUUAUUGUACUUGAUAUUCACAUAUUUUGUAUUAUGUAACUGUUGCCUUUCAUAUAUUUGUAUAUUUAUAUAUACUACUUAAAAAUUGUGUGUGUUUUGUAGAAAAUGGUUUUUCACAUUCCUUUUAUAUUUGUGUGAAGGGUGAACAGUACAGUAACACUGAUACGUCAUGUAUUAUUUAGACAAAACACACACAAAUUUGCGAUUUAUAACAAACAUUAAGGAAUGCAUUCUAAGUUUUCAAUAUCUAAUUUUAACUCAGUCUUUCAAUAAGCAUCGAAACAUGGUUAUUAUUAAAUCCAAUAAAUAAAUGUUAUCGCUUAUU